GCUGUCAUUGCCAUGGCUGUAUGCACCUCCAUCGCUGUACUCCGUUUGUGCGCUUCGUGGUCGUAAUCUCCCAUGUUGACUUGCACUCUAAAAUAGGCCUAGCCAGUUUACGCUUCCCGUGCCUGCUGCUGCCUGAUCCAGUUGCUUGCGCUGUCCGUUGUUAACUUUCCUCUCACUCUGUCUAAGCUUCGGUUUGUCUAUAGUUCUUGCCUUCACGGUAUCAAUGUGAGAGCUUCUGAUGAUCCAACGCGUCCACUAUCGACUUUCACCUGCGAGUACAUUGGGCAAGCGGCAGCUUCCUACUUAGACGACACUAUAGGUGGUUCUUGCCCUCAUCUUUCACCUUCCAAAGAUCAUGGAACAAAGCUCAAUCCUCAGCUUCCUCAAAAAGCCGGGGUCAUCACGACCGGGUCCCUCUCGAACAGAAAACACCCGUCCCGGUGAACCUUACCAGCGUCACAACACCAAUCGUCCAAAGCACAACAUGUCUAACCACAACCGGGCACCUAACCGCCGACGCAAUAUGGGUCUCAAAUUAGUCGCCGACGAGACCAAGUUGGUCCUCCCAAGUAUCCUAUCGAAAGUCCCAUCCAAGUUCGACGCCGAGUGGGCCACUCUAGAGACUAUGUAUCAUCAAGAUGGAUCCACCCUGCCUAAAGAACGGUGCCCGGGCGUCAGGAAACCAUGCAUCAUCCAAGUACUCAACAUGGACUCGUUCGAUGCAGCAGUACAGCUUGAGCCCAACCAUACCGUCCGUCAGCAUUGUAGCAUGGAGAAAACGGACAUGGAUGCGGAGGACGAAAAGCCUGCGAUCGCUCCCAAGUCCGACAUCGAUACUCCAAUUAAGGAUGUCGCCACAUCAGAGGACGCUCAAGGCAAACUUCAAGACCCCGAAGUCAAGAAGCAGCCCGGAAAGGCCAAAGAGUCCAUGCGAGUUCGUCCAGUCGCCGUCCUCAACCUCGCCUCUGAGCGAUCCCCCGGCGGCGGUUGGCAGAAAGGGGCUCUCGCCCAAGAGGAAUGUCUCUGCUACCGAUCAUCGCUCUACCUCACGCUAGACAGAGAACAAUACUACCCAAUCCCCGCUCUGGCCGCUAUAUACUCACCUAACGUGGUCAUCAUCCGCAACUCGAUGACCGACGGCCAUGAACUGCUUGAUUCCAUACAUCCCAUGGACCUCCCUGCGCUUUCCGUCAUCAGCGUUGCAGCUCUCCGUCAACCACCUCUGUCAGACGAUGGCAAGACGUUCAAGAACAUCGGCGCAAGGGCUCACACCAAGAACAACGUCCGCCUCAUAUUGCGCGUUGCCGCUCGACAUGGACACACGAAGCUUGUGCUAGGCGCGUUGGGCUGUGGUGUGUAUUCCAAUCCACCCGGAGAGGUUGCCCAUUGCUUUCUUGAGGUCCUACAUGAACCAGAGUUUCAAGGAGGGUGGUUCGAGAAGAUUGUGUUUGCCGUUCUGGACAAUAUACGGGGACCGGAUGGUGGCAAGGACGGAACCGGCAACUUCGGUGUUUUCUAUCGGGUUCUUCAUGGGCAGGUUGUGUGAGGAGUGAUGGAGGAGGAUAGCUUGGGAUCAUCGGCAACUUUUGUGCGGUUUCGUUAUAGGCGCGUGAGUUGGAAGCAACACGCAAAGGUUAUCGCUGAACUUGAUGUGGAUAGUUGACGAAGGACGCAUUCAUAGAGGACAUUGUGUGGCAACAACACGGACAGUGGCAGAUUAUUCAUAGCGAUUACAGUAUCAACUUAGCAUUAGUCAAGUAGCAA